AUGGGGAAGCCGGCAGACGCGACAACCCCACUGGCGGACAAUGCACGCGCUGGUGCCUUGCCGCUGACGACGAACCAAGAAGCCCCGAGAAAUGGAGGGAGCAGUAGCAACAACGGACCUUCAGUCGAUCACAGCGACUACGGCUUCCUGCCUCGCACCCACGACCGCGACGAUGACGAUGACGAACUCCCGCCUCUGUAUUCCGACGUCGCCGAGUCCAGCGCCCUCAUUUCUCCAGCCCAGCACGCACAGCAGGCGUCGUCUCUGAAUGGCCCUUCGCUUGUGCCCGUCUUUUCAGUCGAUAGCAGCACGAAAAACGAGUAUUACAUGUCCAGUGACCUCGACAGCGACCCAACCCUUCUGGAACAACAUGUCUUGGCGUGGUCCAAGAAACCGCCGCGCACAUUCAUUCAGGUCCAUGGCUCGCAUACCGAGACAAGAUCCGAGAACGGCGGAUCGAACAACAGAACGAGGACGAUUGUCGACUUCAACGUGCGCGUUGACAUGACACCCUACCUCUACACCGACCUCGCCAGGGGCACUUCUACAUGGGCCGGCCUGCGCACGGUCGACAACGACGAGAAGGUCAAGCGUGGCACUUCGUUGGCGCGGCUCGCCCCUGGGGCUCGAAGGAGGCACCGCAGGAGGAGCGGGAUGAGACUCGAGGAUGCCGGCGACUCUCUGGGUGAGAAGCCGACGCUGACUGAGUGGUGCCAUCGGUACUGCGCCAGCUCUGCGGGCCUCAAGGUGUUUUCCCUUCAGAAGCGGGUUGUUGGAGUCGACAAGGAUUUGCUCAUAGAGAGACUGCAUAGCCUCGUGAGAAGCACAAACUACCGGGGCAACGUCACCAUAUCCUUCCCGACCGAGGGCGGAUGGGUGGAGGUGUAUAACGAUUGCAAAGUCAACGAGUGGCGGUUCAAGACCUGGAUCAGGCUCUUGACCUUCUUCACCCUGACAAUUUUGCUCACAUUUCCUUACUUGUUUUUCCGAACCAAGCGCUUCGAAACCGUUAUUGCCGAGUGGCCCUUCUCUAGACCGGCACGGAACGGGUCGGCAGAAAGGGAGUAUGCGAGCCUGAAUGAGGACCAGCUGUACGGGUUGUGGGGAGCAGCUAUCCACGCGGCGGUGAUCAACAGACGACAAUGUGUACUCGACCAGCAGGACUUGGCAAAUUCGCACGCACAACCCCAAGGUGCUACGACGGGCGUCCAUAGGUUUGUUGCUGCUGGCAUCCAAGCCAUGAACGUGGUAGACCAACAAUUUGGCUGGGGUGGUAACAGCUAA